AAUUUAUACCCGCUGCAAUGCCCUCCACCAACCUUAACCAGCUUCUCCUCACUGCUGUGGCCCUCUCUACUCGCCUACUGCUGCUCUGGCAGGGCUCUAACGAGUGGCUGGGCAAGAGGAUAGAGAUCAGUACACCAGUCAAUCAAUGGAUGAGAGUUCGUGAGGGUACUGCUCUAUCUACCAGUGGGUCAUCACCAUAUGCUGGAGAUGUUUUCCAUGAGGUACCUCUGAUUCUCUACCUGUUUGAAGGGCUCCAUAGUCUUGGAGAGUGGGCAGUCGGUAUUUUCUUUGUGGUUGUGGAUUUACUGGUGGCCGUCUGUUUAGCACAAAUUGCUACCUCACAUCGAUCACGCCAGAUCUCCAGACAGCAGUCCUCCAGUGGUGAGUACGGUAAAGGAGUGGAGGCCAUCUUGGUGAAGGAGGACAACUCACUACCUCUCUUUGUAGCACUCGUGUACCUACUGAACCCCUACUCCAUAGUCACCUGUGCUGGCUUCUCCACCAUCACCCUCACUAACCUCUCAGUCACUGCAGCUCUAUCCACCAAACUGAGAGGUCACGAGGUGUUGUCCUCCCUGUGCCUGUGUGUGGCUGCCUACCUCUCACUCUAUCCUGCAGUCCUCAUCUUCCCAUUCAUGAUCAUGUCCUACAGGGAUGGGUGUGUGUUUGGAGCUGGUAAACAGUUGUGUCUGAUGGUGUGCUGGAGUGCAGUGUUGCUAGGGGGGUCAGCCUGGGUCAUGGGGUCAUGGGACUUCAUGCAAGCUGUGUAUGGAGUCAUGCUCUCUGUCCCGGACCAGACUCCCAACCUCGGCCUGUUCUGGUACUUCUUUACUGAGACGUUUGAGCACUUCAGAAUAUUCUUCCUCUGUGUGUUCCAGAUGAAUGCCUUCAUCUACGUCAUCCCUCUCACCAUACGCUUCAGUGACCACCCAGUGUUUCUGACGUACAUUCUCCUCUCUGUGACGACCUUGUUCAAGUCCUACCCGUGUCUGAGCGACCUCACCGUCCCACUAGCACUCCUGCCACUCUGGACACACACAUUCAGAUACCUGCGCUACACUCUGGUGGUGGUGGUCAUGUUCCUGGCCUCCUCUCUCCUCUGUCCUGUCCUCUGGUACCUCUGGAUCCAUGCAGGCAGUGCUAACGCUAACUUCUUCUUUGCCAUGACUCUCACCUACUCACUAGCUCAGAUCUUCCUGGUGGCUGAUGUGAUCUACUCGUUCCUAGUCCACCAGUACGACCUCAAACACGGUCUACCAAGACUGUACCAACUGGGCAAACCAGUCAAACUGAAACUAUAUUGAGAGCUAACUAGGAAUUCAUGAAUAUCCACAUUCUGUGAUUUUUGAAAUAUU